AUGUUCUUUGCCAGCUGUUUCCUAGCAGUGGAGGCUUGGCGGAAACGCUGGUUCGUAUUGCGUCAAGGCCGAAUGAGUGGCAAUCCCGAUGUGCUGGAAUAUUACCGGAACAAACAUUCCAAGAAGCCUAUCCGAGUGAUAGAUCUUAACGAGUGUGAAGUAGUGAAGCACUCGGGGUCCAACUUGAUCAAGAAGGAAUUCCAGAACAACUUUGUUUUUGUUGUGAAAACAACGUACCGCACCUUCUACCUAGUGGCCAAAUCGGAAGAGGAAAUGCACGUGUGGAUUCACCACAUAACCCAGAUCUGUAAUUUUGGACAUUUGGAAGACGGGACAGAUUCAGGGGACAGUCUGUCCCACACCACGUCUUCCCCACAACCUUCUCCAGCCAUUUCUGCCCACACCUUGAGGACUGCCAACCCAUCUCUUUCGGCCGACCACGCCGCCACCGACGCCGCCGCAGCCGAGGAGACGGCAAGCGAGUCCGAAUCUGUCUUUCUUCCCGACUAUCUCUUUUUGUCCAACUGUGAGACCGGAAAACUCAGCCACGUUAGGUGCCACAGUUGGUCCAACUCUGACCGCUCCCUGGAGAGGACGUUAUCAGAUGAUGUCUUCUUUGACUUUGUGGCUUCUCAGUCCUCGCUGUGCUUACAGCUCUCCGGUGGCCUGCUGCAAGAGAUGGUCCAGCCAACCAUUCAUGGGGUCCUUCCAAGAAACACAGAUUCAAGCAGACCUCCUUCCAGUGACUUCUCUUCUUCCUCACCGCUGUCAGGGCCUCCUGCAACACCAACCAUCUUAGCAGAAAAAAACCAGAAUACUCUUUCCUAUGGCUUUACCGAACUUGAGAUUUUGGCUAAGACGCCCCCUCCCAGGCCUCCAAAGCCAACACACUUGCCAGACAGAAGAGCUGAAGAGCAAUCUGGUGGGGCCCUUCAGAAUGGACAUGCAGGGAUCUCCAGAGCUCCAGGGGCCUUGGUUCCAAGGAGGACCUCUCUCUCUGGCUUAGACAGCAAGGGUUGGAGAGCUGACGUGGAAGAAAAUUCCUUACGGCGCAGGGAUAAGAGGUUGAGUUUGAACUUGCCUUGCCGGGUUAGCCCUCUCUACUCCUGCACGUCAAACAACUCGGAGGACAGUUACGUCCCCAUGCAUCCAAGUGCCUCCCCGCCUGUCCCAGGAUCUGACUGCACACCUGACGGCUACAUUCCCAUGAACCCUGGCUCGGCUGCUUUUGCUUUUGCUGAAGUUAACACAGAAAAACUUACCAGCCCGUUGCCUGAACUUCCCACAGACUUGGAACCCCCUCCAGUGAACCGGGAUCUUAAGCCUCGGACAAAAUUCCGACCGCCUCCGCUGGACCUGCGAAACCUUUCCACCAUCAGAGAACAUUCUGCCUUAACCAGGACAUGGACUGUGCCUUACAAUCGAACAAGCUUUAUCUCUCCAGAAAGAGACUGCAUUAAUUCAGCAAGGCUAUUUGCCACUUCAGUUUCCGGAGAAGAGGAAGGAAGUUACAUUCAAAUGGAGCAACACCAAGCAACAUCUCCAUAUAAUGGAGAUUUCCAAUCGCCAAAGAAGUUUAGCCUUGACUACUUAGCACUGGAUUUUAAUUCUGCUUCUCCGUCUCCUGUACAGAAGAAGCCUUUCCUCUCUGAAGAGCAACGAGUGGAUUAUGUGCAGGUGGAUGAACAAAGAACUCAAGCUCUGCAAAAUACUAAACAAGAAUGGACAGAUGAGAGGCAAUCCAAAGUGUGAGAAGGAGAACACAUUGGUUCCUUGGUGAGCUUGAUUUUGCACCCUGAAAUCAGGUCAUUUGAACGAUGGAGCAGAGGCUGGGAUCGCUGGCAGAGCAGAAGAACGUGGCUGUCCGCCGCUUUUCACGAGCCAUGCUGUCAGAGGCAUGGAAGGAGUGGGUCAGCUGUAAAAAGACUGGGGCGCAGUUGAUCAGAAUCGCACCCUUUAGUCCUCGACUUCAUUGCUUCUUCCAGUUAGGAUCCAAAUGGUACCAAUUUCAAAACCUGAACUUGGCUUCUUUGAACAUUCAUGGGAACAAAAGCCUUGCAGUGUCAACCUUAAACACUGUAGUUACUCGUUACUGUUUUUCUAAGUCCUGGCUAGUUAACAGAAGCUGUAUCUAUUAUAGCAGCUGGUACUGAUAGAUACUAGGGAAAAAAGGGCUAAACAUUAGAAGUUAGAUAAAGUAACUUUUGUGGGAGGGGAAGGUUUAGGUUGGAAUAUCUCUCGAUCUAAAAUGUUUGCCAUUUUCUUGACUGAAUCCAAGAGUGUAAAUACCACUUCCAUUGUUGCUGGUGGAUCUCAUCCUCGGAGAGUAAGAUCCAUCCAUUUGUUUGUCUCCCUUGUUGGACAGAGUUGCCUUAAAUUGAACAUCAGAUGCGUUUGCAGGCUUCCACAUCGUCGCUUUCAAGAGAAACCUAGGGAAACUGUUACGCUAUUUUUAUAAGUCUCACCAUGCUUGGAGACCUCCAAAAGCCUAUGUCUGUGCUGCAGGGGAAAAAAAUGCCAUCCAGUUUCUGGAUUCCAGUUGGCCAAAUCAUACUGGUUUCAUGCAGGGGAGUCUGCAGGAAGGGUUAAAAAAGUCGCAAUGAGGGCUGUGGUUGCGUGCAGAAAGUCCUGUCCCUUUUUGAUGUGCAUUGUGACCUCCAUCUUGAUUUUUUUUGAUCCCCAGCAGAUAUUUCUGGACCAGUACUUGAGAUUUUGUUCCUUGGUUGUCACUAAUGCUAAGAAAUUCUUGGAAUGAACCUGACUGAAAUGUUUAGCACUAAAAUAUUUACUUCAGAUUUAGUGUUCCCAUAAUCAAAUAAACAAGAAGAUGACUUCUUCAGUAUUUUGUUGGGAACAGCCAGUUUGCUAAAUUUCUCUUCUCUUCUCUUCUCUUCUCUUCUCUUCUCUUCUCUUCUCUUCUCUUCUCUUCUC